AUGGCAACUACCGUAGUUUUGACGAGACCGCGUCAGGCGGAAGAGGAAGAAGAAGUCCAGGAGCAACAGCAACCGGAGCAACUUGUACUCCGUCUCAGAGCACCACGUGAAUAUCCACGUGUCACGUGGGGAGCUGGCGUUGUAGACAACGAACAUAUGGGUCGUCUGAAAUCCAACUGCUGCUGUAUCUACACCCCACCUCGUCGCUGGGAUGAUCCAUCGACGUGGGAACCAGAAGAGCACGAGACAGAACACUGUAGAGGGCACACUCUUCCUGAGAAAAAGAAGAAACCAGAGGGAGAAGGAAAUGACGAUGAGAAUAAAGAGAAUGAGAAACCAAAGAAAGAGGAAGAAAAUCAUGGAUGUGGAUGUGAUCAUUGCUGA